GCCGCAGUUACUGUGCCGGCGCGUCGUGGCCGGGAGCGUGCGCUUGGCCGUCGCACAAGCGCGCCAGCUGCUUGGGACGCAGGUCGGAGCGGUGCGCAUGCGCGGCCGCAAAGCGGGGCGGGAGGAAGCCAGUGCGUUUUCCUCUUAGGCGGCGCCAUUUUGUGCUCAGAGCAGCUACAGCCGCCGCCGGUGAGGCAAAGAGUCGGUGGCGGAGAAGGGCAGGUGAGGAUGGCGGAGGCUGUGGCAGGGCCGGACGACUCGGGCCCUGGCUCGGCCGCUCUGGGCUCGGUCGCAUCGGAGACCGGGACGCGGCGGCUCAGCGAUCUGCGCGUGAUAGAUCUGCGGGCGGAGCUGAAGAAGCGGAACCUGGACACUGGCGGCAACAAGAGCGUCCUGAUGGAGCGGCUCAAGAAGGCAGUUAAGGAGGAAGGUCAAGAUCCUGAUGAAAUUGGCAUCGACUUAGAAGCCACAAGCAAAAAGACGACGAAGAGAUGUGCUAAAGGACAGAAGAUGGAGGAGGAAGGCACAGAAGAUAACGGCCUGGAAGAAGACCCCAGAGACGGGCAGGAGGACAUGGAAGCCAGCCUGGACAACUUGCAGAGCAUUGACAUGAUGGACAUUAGCGUGCUAGACGAGACUGAAGGCGAGAAUAGCAGUUCUCCAGAUUUUGGGGAGGACGGCACCGACAGCAUUCUCGAUUCCUUGUGUGACAGUAAAGAAUACGUGGCGGCACAACUGAGACAGCUUCCGGCUCCGCUCCCAGAGCAUGCUGUGGAUGGAGAAGGAUUCGAGAACGCUUUGGAAACUUCAUCGUUGGACUUCAAAGUAACUCCAGAUGUUGAAGACCCUGUCUUGGAGCCAGAAAAUGAGAAAAUACUCGACAUUUUGGGGGAAACUUGUAAAUCUGAGCCAGUAAAAGAAGAAGGUUCCGAGCUGGAGCAGCCAUUUGCACAGGAUACAAGUAGCGAGAGGCCAGACAGAGAGCUCGCGGAGGAAGAGGACCUUUUUGACAGCGCCCAUCCGGAGGAGGGUGAUUUAGAUUUGCCCAGCGAGUCAACACACGCUCAGUCGUGCAAGGCAGACAGCCUGUUAGCGGUAGUGAAAAGGGAGCCCGUGGAGCAGCCAGACGAUGGCGAGAGGACUGACUGUGAGCCUGUAGGGCUAGAGCCGGCAGUUGAGCAGAGUAGUGCAGCCUCCGAGCACGCGGAGGCCUGUAGCCACGAGGUCGCAGAAGCGCCCACAGAAGCCCCAAGUCCAGAAGGCAGAGAUAGCAAAGAAGACGAGAAGAAGUUUGAUUUUGAAGCUUGUAAUGAAGUCCCUCCGGCUCCUAAAGAGUCCUCAACCAGUGAGGGCGCUGAUCAGAAAAUGAGCUCUUUUAAGGAAGAAAAAGAUAUAAAGCCAGUCAUUAAAGAUGAAAAAGGUCGAGGCAGCAGCAGUUCUGGAAGGAACCUGUGGGUCAGCGGGCUAUCCUCCACCACUCGGGCGACCGAUCUGAAGAACCUUUUCAGCAAACAUGGAAAGGUUGUCGGGGCCAAGGUGGUAACCAACGCCCGCAGUCCUGGGGCUCGGUGCUACGGGUUUGUCACCAUGUCCACCUCUGACGAGGCUACCAAGUGCAUCAGCCACCUGCACAGAACGGAGCUGCAUGGAAGAAUGAUCUCCGUAGAGAAGGCCAAAAAUGAGCCUGCUGGGAAAAAGCUAUCCAGUCUCAGGAACUCAAGUUUGAUAACCAUGUUUUUAAAUAGAACCGUAAUUAAGAAGGAAGAAAAGAUUGAGAAGGAGGAAGAAAAAAGACUUGAAGACAUUAAAAAGGAAGAAAAAGACCAAGAUGAGCUGAAACCAGGACCUACAAAUCGGUCUAGAGUCACCAAAUCAGGAAGCAGAGGAAUGGAACGCACAGUGGUGAUGGAUAAAUCGAAAGGAGAGCCUGUCAUUAGUGUGAAAACCACAAGCAGGUCAAAAGAGAGAAGCUCCAAGAGUCAGGAUCGCAAGUCAGAAAGCAAAGAGAAGAGAGACAUCUUGUCGUUUGAUAAAAUCAAAGAACAGAGGGAGCGAGAGCGCCAGAGGCAGCGGGAGCGAGAGAUCCGAGAAACGGAGCGACGGAGGGAGCGGGAGCAGCGGGAGCGGGAGCAGCGCCUCGAGGCCUUCCACGAGCGGAAGGAGAAGGUGCGCCUGCAGCGCGAGCGCCUGCAGCUGGAGUGCCAGCGGCAGCGGCUGGAGCGCGAGCGCAUGGAGCGGGAGCGGCUGGAGCGGGAGCGCAUGCGUGUGGAGCGCGAGCGCAGGAAGGAGCAGGAGCGCAUCCACCGCGAGCGCGAGGAGCUGCGGCGCCAGCAGGAGCAGCUGCGCUACGAGCAGGAGCGGCGGCCCGCGGUGCGGCGGCCCUACGACCUGGACCGGCGAGAUGAUGCCUAUUGGCCAGAAAGAAAACGAGUGGUGAUGGAGGACAGAUACCGCGCCGACUUCCCCCGGCCAGAUCACCGCUUCCACGACUUCCACCAUCGUGAGCGGGGCCAGUACCAGGACCACGCCAUCGACAGGAGGGAAGGUUCAAGGCCAGUGGUGGAAGAGAGAGACGGCCAGCACUACUCAGACGACCGCCAUGGCCACGGAGGACCCCCAGAGCGGCACGGCCGGGACUCCCGUGAUGGCUGGGGGGGCUACGGCUCUGACAAGAGGCUGAGUGAAGGCCGGGGGCUGCCUCCUCCCCCCAGGGGUGGCCGGGACUGGGCAGAGCACAGCCAGAGGCUGGAAGAGCAUCCAGCACGUGCCUGGCAGGGCGCCAUGGACGCAGGCCUAGCAGGCAGGGAGCACACAAGGUGGCAAGGUGGUGAGAGAGGGCUGUCGGGGCCCUCGGGACCAGGGCACGUGGCCGGCCGGGGCAACGUGGCAGGGCGAGGCGGCUUUGCACAAGGUGGACAUUCCCAGGGCGACGUGGUGCCGGGGGGCGGACUGGAAGAUGGCGGAGUGGCCAGCCAGGACCGGGACAGCAGAGUCCCGCACCCCCACCCCCACCCGUACCCCCACUUCACCCGCCGCUACUAGGUCCCGCUCCCUGCGAGUUUUCAGGUAGGCAGACGCACUGGUGAAUCUCUCAGCCAGAGUUCCCUUGAACUUGUGGAAUCUUUUAAAACACAAGCAAAUUCUGCCACCGUGUUGUAGCGCGAUACAAUGUGAACUCACUUUUUUUUUUAAAUAAAUGGUGUUCUUGUUCUGCCGUUUUUAAGACAAAGUUUCUGUUAACGAGGCAUUCCAUUUUCCAUUAAUAAAGUUUACGAUUCGCA